UUUUACUUGUUCUUAUAUUUUAUUGCACUGAAUUUGAUAUUUUCAUCAGAUUUCUUGUACUUCCAUCUGAGAACUGAUUGGAUCUUCUAUUUGAUGAUUUAACAGGUGCUGUAUUCAUUGUUUGCCUGGUCAUCACAUCUAGUAUAUGGAGUUCAGCUAUUAUUUCGCUUGUGUUGGCAAUGAUAAUUAUAGAUCUCAUGGGUGUAAUGGCAAUUCUGAAUGUCCAAUUGAAUGCGGUCUCUGUUGUAAACCUUAUAAUGUCUAUCGGGAUUGCUGUUGAAUUCUGUGUGCAUAUCACACAUGCUUUCUCGGUCAGCCAUGGAGAUAGGGCUCAACGGACGGUAGAGGCCCUGAGUACGAUGGGAGCUUCUGUAUUCAGUGGAAUCACACUUACGAAGCUAGUUGGAGUGAUCGUCCUCUGUUUCGCAAGAUCGGAAGUUUUUGUGGUUUAUUACUUCCAAAUGUACCUGGCACUAGUCUUGCUCGGGUUCUUGCAUGGGCUUGUGUUUUUGCCCGUGCUACUGAGCCUUUGUGGUCCACAUUCAAGAUGUGUGAUAAUUGAGAAGCAGCCCGACGAUCGGCCAUCAACUUCUACAUUAGAGCAUUAGGUGAUAGGGCACAGAAUGGAUAAACCCCUCAAGAAGGGGGAAAAAAGAAAAAAAAGAAAGAGGAUGGGCAAGAAUGGAUUGGGAAGUUAAGUGGUUCUUUUGUAUCAUAAGUUUUAUGUAUAGCUAGAGCAUGCUUUAAAACGAUUGACCUGUAAAUUAAAAUGUUGGUGCAUUUGCAUUUUUGGGUCAAUAACUGAAGAAUAGAAGCAACUUGGGUUUUCUAGCUUCUAUUUGGGGUCGGGCUAGUUUUUCUGAAGGUAAGAGAACCAUGGAAUAUGGUUUAAAACAAAUAAUGUUAAUAUGAUGUGCAGGCCUAGGCCUAAGAUUGUGUUUUUUUGCGAAA